AUGACCACGAAGCUCUUCCAGGAAAUCACAACGCCGAAUGGCGUUACAUACACGCAGCCACUUGGGCUUUUUAUCAACAACGAGUGGGUUGCAGCCAAGUCUGGCGAGGAAAUUACUGUUAUCAGUCCCAUCGAUGAAUCUCAGAUCACCAGAGUCCAUGCCGGUGGUGCUAGUGAUAUAGACGUUGCUGUGAAGGCGGCGCGUGCUGCACUCAAGGGACCUUGGGCUGGUGUCUCUGGCACUGAUCGCGGAAAGCUCAUGCUGAGACUUGCCGACUUGGCUGAACAACACACCAAAACGCUUGCAUCCAUUGACACAUGGAAUAACGGUAUCCAAAAAGGCUCAUAUCUCAACCGCUUAGAAUCAUAA